AUGCGAGAAAACCUAUUCUUAAUUUCCUGUUUUCUGCCUCUGUUAAAAGCAGUUAACCUUAUUCAUCUUCAUGAUGGUUCUCCAUUGUUUGGAGAAGAAAUCACUUCUCCUCUUGGCAAGCCUCUUACAAGGUUUCUAGGUAUCCCAUUCGCAGAGCCUCCAAUCGGCAACUUACGGUUCCGAAAACCCAAACCGAAACAGCCAUGGCGAACUCCAUUGAACGCCAGCACACCACCUAACAGUUGCAUUCAAAGUGAAGACACAUAUUUUGGGGAUUUUUACGGGUCGACAAUGUGGAAUCCAAAUACCAAACUGUCCGAAGAUUGCCUCUACUUAAAUAUCUACGUUCCUGGAAAAGUUGACCCAUCGAAAAAAUUGGCGGUUAUGGUCUGGGUUUUUGGCGGCGGGUUCUGGUCGGGAACAUCGACUCUCGACGUUUACGAUGGCCGUAUAUUUUCAUCAGAAGAGAAUGUUAUAAUUGUUGCAAUGAAUUACCGCGUUUCCAUAUUUGGUUUUCUUUAUAUGAACCGACCAGAAGCUCCAGGAAAUAUGGGACUUUGGGAUCAAUUGAUGGCAUUGAAAUGGGUGCACAAAAAUAUUGAUUUGUUUGGCGGCGACACAAAUCGCAUAACACUUUUUGGAGAAUCUGCGGGCGCAGCUUCUGUGAGCAUUCACAUGCUGAGCGCAAAGAGUACUCCGUACUUCAACAGAGCGAUCUUGCAAUCCGGAUCAGCAACAUCUCCCUGGGCAAUUGAGCCUCGAGAUGUGGCACUGGCAAGAGCUGUUAUUUUGUACAACGCAAUGAAGUGCGGAAACAUGUCACUCAGCAGUCCAGAUUAUGAUAAAAUUCUAGACUGCUUCCAAAGAGCGGAAGCUGAUUUGCUGAGAGAAAACGAAUGGGCGCCAGUUCGAGAGUUUGGUGAUUUUCCUUGGGUUCCAGUUGUCGAUGGUGACUUUUUGGUUGAAAAUGCACAAACAUCCUUGAAACAAGGAAAUUUCAAAAAAACCCAACUAUUGACGGGAAGUAACCGCGACGAAAGCAUUUAUUUUUUGACGUAUCAAUUGCCGGAUAUAUUCCCAGUUGCUGAUUUUUUCACAAAAACAGAUUUCAUAACUGGAAGAGAUGUCUGGAUCAAAGGCGUCAAAGAUUUGCUACCUCGACAAAUUUUGAAGUGUCAGUUGACUCUUGCCGCCGUUCUCCAUGAAUACGAACCUCAGAAUCUUCCAAUUACACCUCGAGAUUGGUUGAAUGCAAUGGAUAAAAUGCUUGGUGACUAUCAUUUCACAUGCAGUGUCAACGAAAUGGCCUUAGCGCAUACUAAACAUGGCGGUGAUACUUAUUAUUACUAUUUCACGCAUAGAGCCUCUGCGCAAAGUUGGCCAGAGUGGAUGGGUGUUUUGCACGGUUAUGAAAUCAAUUUCGUGUUCGGCGAGCCUUUCAAUCAAAAACGAUUCAACUACACUGACGAGGAGAGAGAAUUGAGUGGAAGAUUCAUGCGAUAUUGGGCGAAUUUUGCGAGAUCUGGUGAUCCAAAUAAAAAUGAAGACGGCUCAUAUACUGCUGAUGUCUGGCCAAAGUAUUCAUCAACUUCAAUGGAAUACAUGAAUAUGACGGUGGAAUCAUCAUAUCCGAGUUCCAAAAGAAUUGGACAUGGUCCCAGAAGAAAAGAAUGCGCAUUUUGGAAAGCAUAUCUGCCUAAUCUAAUGGCAGCAGUUGCUGACGUCGGAGACCCUUACCUUGUUUGGAAACAGCAAAUGGACAAAUGGCAGAAUGAAUACAUUACAGAUUGGCAAUAUCAUUUCGAGCAAUACAAAAGAUAUCAGACGUAUAGGCAAUCGGAUAGUGAAACCUGCGGAGGAUGA